AUGAAGAAAUCUUGCGCUUCAAUACUCAUUCUUGUAGGAUUGGACGAGGUAGGAGGUAGUACGGUGAUAGCCGAGGGUAUCGUAGGUGGUAUAAGGGGCCCAAGCGGCGGGUGCCGCGCAUCCUCGAUGACGAUGGCCGAGAGCGCCGUGGAGGACGCCGCAGCCGCGCCCUCGGGCCCGGCCAAGCCGCCACCACCUUCUUGUACGAACAAUAACACCCUUGCGGCGACAGCCAACCGUAACCAUCGGAACCCCCGCAAGAAACGAAGACGACUGGAACAGGUAGUCGAUACGCUGCAAGCCCAUCGCAGUUCGCCAUCCGAAGGCGAAGUAUUGAAGUUCGAAGGCAGUGGUCCCGUAUCUGAAGAGGAAGAUGUUUUUGGCUCGCCCAGAUCAUCGUCUUCGCGAUCUGCUGUGGAUACCACCGCGGUAAUGGGCCAACUGCCGUUGAGGUUAAAGGACGCGGAAGCAGUGACGUCAACCGAGGAAGAAUUCAACGAGAUCAAUCAGCAGUAUCACUAUCAUCCCCACCGACCAUACUGCUACUCGUAUCACCAUCACCAUCGACAUCGUUAUUCUCCCUAUCAAAACAGCCACCGAUUGUCAGCGACCAAGUACUCUGACUGUACGUGCAACCAGUGCUCGCUGGCUGCGUCGGCAGCAAUGAUGUUGCCGUCGGCGACCUCCCUACAGACGCCACUAUCGCGAACCAGCUUCACAUAUAGCAGUAUAUGCGGCACAUAUAGCAUAUUUGAACAGUACAUGCAUACCAAGUACCUGUCGUCGUCGUCAGGCGACAUCUUCCGCGGACGCAGUCACUCCGAUUCAGAUGUUGUGUCCAGGUGGGACGAAACGCGGGUUCCGGCCGCAACCACUUCCUUUUCUUCUGUCGUCAAUCAUCCUCCGAGAAGUGGCUCUCUCGAGAGCGACAGUACAAGUCCUCAAGAAUCACCAUUGGAUCUCUCCAUGAAGAAUCUGAUGCUACAAUCUACCGCGGCUGCUUCGGCGGUCUCCAAUAGGUCACCGGCUCUUCAGAUGCUACCGUCCGGUAUCGUAACGCGAGGUUCCGUUAGCGUGCCAGUAGUCAGAGGCGAUGUUGCAUCACCCACGACAAAAAAGAGCGUUGCGGUACGGUACAAUUUGGAGGUUUUACCCGUCGUUGAGGAAAUGGCGCCGGGCACGGACGUGGCUUAUGUCUGUCCAGAGUGCGGGCAGAUGUUCAGUCUGCAUGAUCGUCUGGCAAAGCACAUGGCAUCCAGACAUCGUCGACAAGGUCUCCACGAUGCCUCAGCGAAAGCGUACCUCUGCGAUGUCUGUCAAAGGAGUUUCGCGAGGUCGGACAUGUUGACAAGGCACAUGAGACUGCACACCGGUGUCAAACCGUACACAUGCCGGGUUUGUCGACAGGUGUUCAGUAGAUCCGAUCACCUCAGCACCCACCAACGAACCCAUACCGGCGAGAAGCCAUAUAAAUGCCCGCAAUGUGCCUACGCAGCCUGUCGCAGGGAUAUGAUCACCAGGCAUCUGAAAACCCACAAUCGAUGCGCGGACGGCCCUAUUCCGAAGACCGAACCCGGUUUACUCGCUGGUGAGGAAUGUUCCACUUUCGAUCAGAACGUGGCGGCGCCAUCAGCGGUUAUCAAGGCUGAAUGACAACGAUCGGUCGGAUGACCCUGGUUGCAUUCUAGAUCCAGGUCCCAGCGAGGAUCUCGCGUUAAGAUCGAUCGAGGAUCUUCAGGAACCUUCGCGAAUCGAUCAGGACUUUGCGGGAACAUGUUGAGAGAGCGAAAUCGUCGCUCGACAAUCUCCAUGACAUUAGCUGAGCGUUAGGAAGAAAUUAAUACUUGAAGAGAUCACGAUCUUGAUGGAACAAGAUAAUUAGCGAGAGGGAAGAUUUGUUCUGUUAUAAUUCGAUUUUGCGAGAAUCCCGACGAAUACUAAUACGAGUCUGUGAUCGAGUUUAAAUUUUUGG